AAAUAUUACGUCCUAUAUUUUGUUGCCUUUUUACUUUUCUUUUAACUAAUUAUGCUAGCACGGAUUGGAUUUUCUUAAGUGACCUCAGCAAAAGUAACUGUUCUGAAAGCAGUGGAGUUGCACAGGCUUGAGUGAGAGGUUGGGAGCAGAGCUAGCACCACCCUUUUUAUCAAAAACAUUUUCUUGAUGAGUUUAUAUUGGAAAUACUAAAAAUAAUUUUAGAAAGUAGUUCUUUAAACCAAAAUUUUCAGGUGUAACAUCGCUGUGCAGCUCCUUCUGAGUCAGCGGCUCUCACCCCCGUCCACCCACUUGCUGGUGGGAUUUUCUGGACAGCUGAGAAGUGGCCAGUCCUACAACAAGGAAAAGUUUUGAGCUCUUUAGCAGCAAGAAGUUGCCCUCUGACAUUUCUCUGGGUGCUGCAGGCCGAUUUGGUGAAAGGGGCUGAGGUGUCUUCCUGUGCACCCAGGUGCGAGCAAUCCGUCCUGCAUGGUGCUGCAGCUCAUAUCCGAGGGGAAGGAGGGAAGGAACACAGUCCAGCUGGAGGAAGCCAAUUUAAGAGUCAUUAUCUCUUUUUUUUUUUUUUUUAUAUGUAUAAGAGUUGGGAGUAAGAUCUGUAUGUCCAGGUGGUGAGUGCUGCAGUGGCUUCUCUUCUCUUGGUGGGCACCAUUACUGAUGGAUCCAUGGUGUUGUCUUGGCAGUGGUUUGAGCUGGGAGCCCCGCUCCCGUGCUGUGGAGCAGGUCCGCCUGCGCUGCACCGAGGGCUCCCUGGAGUGGAUGUACCCAGCACGAGCCCUGCGAGUGGUCCUGGAGCCUAUCCUGGCCAGUGUCCAGCACACCACGGUCUGCAUCAAACCUGCCAGCAACUUCCAGGGUGCCAGCAUCUACGUGGAGCGUGCUGGGCAGCUGCACCUGCUGGUAAGCGAGGCAGAAGGGGCUCAGCACCACCACGUGUCCUGCUUCAGUGCCCACACGCCACAACGAGUGGCCCUGUUCCUGCAGGCCAGCCCGCAGAGGGACAUCAGCCGCCGCACGGCCAGCUUCCAGUACGAGCUGCUGAGCAACCAGGGCGCUGCUGGCCCCAACGUCAAAAAGAUGGCCCUGGUUGAAGCUAUGUGCCGUCCUUGUGACAAUGUGGAACUCCUUAUGGCCAUUUGUAGCAGUGAUUUUGUGGUGAAAGGAUCCAUCCGGAAUGUCUCCCACGACUCAGAGAACCACAUGUCCCAGGUCGAUGUCAGCAUCCAGAAAGUCUACAGGCAGAAAAACCGGAUUUUCCAGCAGGAGGAAGGGAGUGGGGAGAGGCGAGCCCCCAUCCGAACCCUUCUGCAGUGCAAGGUGAAGAAGGGAGGGGGAGAUUUCCUCUUCACAGGGAAUGAACACUUUGGGGAAGCCUGGCUGGGCUGUGCCCCUCGGUUUAAGGAUUUUAUGUUGGUUUACCAGGCUGCCAGAGAAAGGGGAGCCAACCCUUGUGAGUUUGAGCUCAACUGACCUGAGAGACACUGUUGUUGAGAGUUGAAAAAUUUCUGCCCAGUCUUUGGAUACUGAGUCUGGAGUAGAGUUAAAACCAAGGACUAAAGUUAACAAUUCCACCCAAACUGGGACCUGGAGGAUUUCCUGAAGAUAAUGGCUCUGUGAGCCCUGUGAACUCUGGCUUUUAAUCACAUUAAUUUCUCUUUCUUCACAUCUUCUUUGCCUCACAAAAUAACUCUGGAUUUUGGAAAGACAGUCUUUUGGGGGAGGUUAGAAAGCAGCCUGUGCUCAGUACUACAAAAUUCUCUCUAACAUCUUUUGGUCUGUGUAUAUGUUAUGUGCUUUUUCUCUAGAUAUUUUUCUCUCUUCCCCAAUCUCUGCUUGAUUUGUCUUCCUUUACAGGCAAAUGUGAAAAUUCUCUCUAACCUGGGGGGAAAAAACUACCUCUAAAGCAAAAAAAAAGCCCUUUCUUCCUUCACCAAGAACUGCUUGAUUUUUAAAAUGGAACGUAGAUGCUGUAAAAAGUACAUGCUUUUUUCUGACAUUGAAAAACAUUAAGGAGUUUAAUAUAAGCACAGACAAAAUGCAACUAAGUCACCUCCUUAAAGUUCUAUUGAACUAAUUUAGGAUCAAGAAUUGCUCAUUAUGGUAUUUUCACCUAAAUUAUCUGCCUCUUUUUAAUUAGCAUUUAUUAUUUGAAUGCUGGCUCCUCCCACCCCCCUUAGUGCUUUAGCCAGACUCACAUAAUUGCCUGUAUUUUAUGUAAAAGGAACUGCUACACCAUUAAAUGAUAUACAAAUGUGUCUACCACACAGAGCCCAAUAAAUGGUGUGAAUAAACCCAUUAUUUCCCAUGUAAUGGCAUCUGAUUGCAGCCUGGGCAACACAGGGCUGAUAGAUGUGAGGCCAUGACAGGGCCUGGAGAAAACCGAAUGAGAAGAACUCUGACAGGCCACAAUUAAUUGACUUUUGAAAUGACUCCUUUUUUCCACAGUUCUACUUGGCUGAGCAAGAUUCACAAAUUGCUGUCUUGAACUUUUUUAUGGGACAAAAUAGCUGCCAACGAAAGUCUAAAUGACAUGAGCUUUGAAUAGGAGUCCUACAAUGACCACACUGUGACAUGUUUUUAACUGACGUAUUGGUUAUUUGAGAAGUGGCAGCCACUUAAUUGGGAGGGCAUUAGGAAGGGGGUAAGAAAUGGGAGGGAGUCAGAAGACUGGGUAUAGAAAUACAGUCUGUGAAACACUAACCAAAUACAAUUUUAUUAAAAUAGGGAAUGUCCUGAUAAACAUUUUUACAUAUAUUCAGAGAGAGUAUGAUUUGGAGUCUAAGUCAGUUGUCCUUUGUGCUGUGAAAAAGUGAUCACAAAGCUAAAUUAAGAGGAAAUGUCAUUAGCAAGGAAGAAAACAGACCUUGUAUGAGUAUGAUCAUGCUGACUGCCCUGGGGCCUCAGUACCUGCUCAGGACCCUGGCUGCAGUCACAGUCAAGUUUACACAGGCUUAAAAUACCUCUUCGUCUGUCUUUGGAAAGUGAGGCCAAGCUCUGACAGAUCUAAUUGACCUAAUCCCAGGGACUUCAUGGGACAAGUAGUGAAAAUGAGGAUUUUUCCUCCUGUUCGUUUUUAUAGUACUUGUCACACUGCUCAAGCAACACUGUGUGAGUCUGUGAACUCUUCGAAGAGUUUCUUCCCCAAAACCUUGCUCAGCCCAACUCACUUGGAGAACUUUAGGGGGAAAUGUUUAACUUGUUUCAUGGAUGCCUUUGUUUGGGCCAAUUUUUAAAUCGAUUGAGCCACCAGAGCAGCUCCCUGCUGAGUUGCUUUCCACUGGCUACAUGGGGAGGCAGCAGCUCGCAAACCACACCCCCUCAGUUCGAUUCUCUGGGUAGUGUCAGGAACCAUCACCCAUUGCUGCUUCCAGGUUGGUACGAUCCGGUUUAAACCCAGAAAAGCAAAGAAA